UUUUCACUCUCGCCUUCAGUUUCUUUUCGCUCUCAUCUUCAAUUUCCUUGAGCUGUCAUCAUACCAUCAUCCACUAUUGCCCCAGUUCUUGAUUGCCUCGACAAGCGCCACCAUGGCAACAGCCAAGCAAAGUCACAGUCACUCUGGAAUUGCUACAUGUGCGGCAACCGCCGGCACGUCGUUGGGGUAACGUCCACAGUUCCAUCAAUUUGCUCAGCGCUACGACUGGAAAGUAGCCAGGGCAACCCUCACUGCUGCACCUGAUGGCAACUUCUUGCCUCGCAACAGUUGGUGUGGGGCUGGUGGUUAGGUUGGGUAUGAAACAUGUCGCUGGGGGAGAAGGUAUCUCUCGUUUGGAGUCUGAUUUUACGACGUACUCAUUGUGUUCAUUGCCCAUUUCAUUUGUCGUUUCUGGAAAUGCCCCGUCGGCGUCGUGCUAUCAUGAGGCCCUCGGGCUGAUUGAGAACAGGAUGCUGAGGGCUAAAACAUGUCAUCGACUGGUGCUCAUCAUCCUUUCGGUCAAGAUGAAGAACUGCAACCAGGAUCUGAUGGAUCAGCCGGCUUACAAUGUUCCGAAACCAAGGCCACUGAAGCCACCGUGGUCAUAUACAACAUUCAAUAUUGCAAAAGUUCAGCAAGACUCCAUACACAACAACCAAAAGAUUACAGCUGCCAUGGCUAACACUCUGAGCUAUUCCGAGUCCGGCCCUCAACCGCACACAAACAAUCAAACUCACCGUGGACCAUUCUUGGACUUGAACCUUUUGUUUCCAGAAACUGAAUAUCACCAAUCUGAAGCCACGUCACCCAAGCAGUUUCUGGCUUUGGAGGAAUUUUCCUCCAUUCAGCUAGAAAGUUUAGACAGCUUUUUAGCAGAACGACCACCCUCGACGUUGCACAGCUCUCAUAUGUCAGUAUCCGGAUGCAAGCGGGGUCUGGACAAUAUAACCCACCUCCUAGAAUCUCAAAUCGGUACCAAACGUCAGAAAAUAUACUCAUGUCCACUUGACAUUCACCCACAAGCGCCGGAAGCAAACUGGAGCGGCCCGCAAGACGACAGAGGAUCUAAUCAAGGAAAUCCUCAACCGAGCCCAUUUCGCAGAUCAGAAACAUAUGGACACUCAGGUCCUGAUCUCUUUCCCUGUCCAUUUUAUCGGCGCGAUCCAAUCAAGUGCAGGACAGUGAAAAGGAACUCAUGCAUCAGAAAGAAGUGGACAAUUAACAGACUAAAAGAACACAUAUACCGUCAACAUCAUUCUUCGACGCAUCGAUGUAGUCGUUGUUUCGAGGCUUUCGAUACAGCUACUCAUCUCUACGAACACCAGCGCGCCAGAAGCCCUUGUCUAACACAGCCUGAUCGACCAGAGAUUGAAAACAUCGACGACCUCCAGAAGAGUCAGAUCCAACGGAGAAUGCGGGGAAAGUCUGAAGUCGAAAAGUGGGAAGACAUUUACAGGAUUGUAUUUCGACUUGGGUCUUCCGACAAGAUUCCCUCUCCUCAAUUUGAUACCGAACUCGGUAACGGAACUGGUAGUUCCCUCGAUGAUUUUGGAAAGUACUUGAUCUGUCAACUUCAACCCAACGUGGAUCAGGAAGCUGAGUUAGAGAUUCGAGCUUGUCUCCGCCUUAUGCAAUCCUUCAAACAGUCGAGAUCUAUGACUUCCCCCACUACUUUUUGUGAUACAUCGAAGGUUUUUGAAAGCUCGCUCAAUGCUACAGAAAAAGAGCAAGACUGGGCAGAUGUCGACACAUUGACGGUGAACGGCCAGGAACACAGCGUGGUUGAUGAAUGCACGACAAGCAUCAAGUUGACUGAAGACAUUGAUAUCUUCACUAAUGCGGGGCUGUUCUAUACAAUCGAGGAUACAUUGUCUGAAAAUGAGACAAGUUUGUUUCAAAGUGAGUGUAACUCGUCACUGGUUAGCUCUGAGCAGAAGGUUGGGUGAUGAAGCAAAGGGACUCUAUUUUCUUUUUUUGGGUCUCCUAUGUUUAUUUCAUAUAUAUGUCCUCACUCUAGAAUGUUUGCUAAAAGGACUGUCAGUUGCUUGGGGAAUAUAGUUUUCAAUUUGAUUCUUUUGUCAAUUCAUCACCACUACACGGGUCCGAGUAGGCCCUCGUCACCAAAUGUUUAG